UCCACGACUCACCUUUGCCACACUGCUGGAAAUACCGUAUGCGAAAACCUAUAAAAAAGUGCUUUUGGAUUCAAAAAAACUAUGUCGGCAAAAAAUGCCGCCUGCUCUAUGAGGAAAUGCCCCCUGUGCUAAAUAAUCCACUUUAAACAUUUUUCAUGUGCUGCUGAGUAGUGACAUGGGUCUUACCUAGUGGUGCGAUAGAUAAAGGCAAAGUUUAGUCUAUAUAGUUGAAUAGUAUUGUUUAUUGAAAGCUUUUUUACUUUUAGAAAGAAAAUAUUCUUGAUGACAAGAACGAAUUACAAGUAUUAUUGUUAAAUUGUCAACAGCAGUUAGAAAAAUUACGUCGAAUAAGUCAAACAGUAGAUACGUCAGUCAGUGAAGUUGAUAUUAGUCAACCGUCUUCUACUUCUGUACAAAAUCAGAUAAAUGAUUAUAUUCGUUCAUCAAUCGAAACACAAACAAAUCGAUUGAAUGAUAAUGAAAAACGUUUGAUGAACCAUUUUGAAUUAAUUCAACGUUUAUAUAAUGAAACUCGAAAUGUUAAAGAAAAUAUAAUCGAUUGUAUUCAAUGGUUAGAAAAAGCUCGUGAACAAUUUAAUAUUGAUUUUCUCAAUAAAUCAUUAUCAUUAAAUCGUUCAAAAUUAGAUGAUCAAAUUAUUUUUUAUCGUCAAUAUGAUGCACAAUUACGUACACGUCGUCAUUCAUUCAGUAAUAUUAUUAAAACACAAUCUCAAUUAUUAAAUGUUAAUGAUGAAAAUAGUCAAUUAGAAACAAUUGAAAAUAAUUUAAAAGAUUUAGAAUUAAAUUCAAAUAAUUAUAAUGAGAAAAUAAAUCGUUUAUCAUUAAAAUUAAAUGAAUAUUUAUUGUUACAUGCACAAAUUAUUGAUUCUUAUGCAAAACAAAUUCGUCAAUAUGAAUAUUAUAUAAAAGAAAAUGAUUUUUCCUAUAUAAAACAACUACUAUCAGGUGAAAAUAAUGAAAAUUAUGAGCAAAAAUUAUCAUUAUACAAUCAAACUGUUGAAAAUUUAUUAAUCGAAAAUGAUGGAAAUUUAAUAGAUCAAGAUGAAAUUUUAACAUCAAAACUUGUUGUUCAAGAACAUCAUGAAACAUUUCAACGUUUAAUUAGUGAUUUAACAUUAAUUCUAAAUAAUCGUGAACAAUUAACAAAAGAAUAUAAUGAUUUAAAAAUAAUAAUAGAUCAAUGGUUUAUCUCCAGUGAAUUAGUAUUGAAACAAAUAGAACCAAUUCCAUUUGAAUUAGAUGCCUGUUUGGAACGUUUAGAUAAAUGUAAUUUAUUAAAUAAGGAAUAUCAGACAAUUUGUAAUAAUAAUGUAAAUCGAUUGAAAAUAUUAUCUGAUGAAAUUUUAUGUUUUUAUACAAGUUCAAAUAUUGAUAGUUUAUUAGAUACACUCAAAAUCAUAUUUGAAUCAUCGACAAGAUUUAAUGAUGAACAAAUUUCUAAAAAUGAUACAAAUGAUAAUGAACAAAUAACAAUAGCAGUUACGAAAAAUAUUAUCGAAUGUUAUCAAAAUAUGGGACAACGUAUUCAAUCUUAUAUUGAUUAUCUUACAUUAUUAAUAGAACAAAUAGAAACAUAUAAAACAUCGCAUAAACAAGCAAAAUUAUGUAUUGAACAAACAAAUGAAUUACUUGAUUAUGACAUUAAACAAAAUCAGAUUAUUUUAUUACCCAUUGAACAACAAGAACUUGAUUUAUUUAUGAAAAAAUAUCAAGAUAUUGAUGAACGUCUAAAGUCGUCAAAUGUUAUUAUGGAAGAUUAUAGAACAACUGGUUUCUCGUUAAUUAAUGGUGGCCAAAAUCGUUUUGAUACGAAAAUAAUUAAUGAUGAAAUGGAAGAAAUUGAUCAUCUUUGGUCGGAUUAUGUUGAACAUAUUCGAGAUAUGAUUGAUUAUAUUCAACUACAAAAAGAUGAAUUAUUAGAGUUUAAUCAUUUAUCAAAAGAUCUUUUAACAUUAAUUCAAGAGAAACAAUGUAUUGUCGAUAUUUUAGAUAUUCGACAGUGUAUACUCUCUGGUUCAUCAUAUAAUCAACAUGAAUUACGUGAACAAAUAGAACAAAUAAAACAAAUUUAUGAUAAAAUUGAAAAACAAUAUGAACGAGUAGAAGAUUUAAAUUUAAAAGGAGAAAUAUUAUUAGAACGUUGUUCUGUUAAUGAAAAUAUGAAUAAAAAUAAUGUUAUUGAACAAAUAAUGGAAAAUGUGAAUAAAAAAUAUGAUAAUUUAACUGUAAAAGCAAAAUAUUCAUUAGAUAAUCUAACACAAAUAAAAGAUCAUAUACAACAAUUUGAAACACAAUUAUUAUUAUGUCAUAAUUUUAUCGAAAAAAUUGAUGAUAAUGUUCGAAUGAUUGUUGUGGAUCUUGAUUUAUCUCGAUUAUCAUGGCAAAAUGCUAAAGAAUCUCUCGAUACAUUAUUUGAUUAUUUAAAAUCUUUAUCAUUAUUUAUAACAGAGAAUGAUGUAGAAAUUCAACAACAAGAAAUACGAAAUCUUGAAUCCUAUAUAUUACCGUUACGUCAACGUUUAAAUAGUGAAGAACGUUUAUUAAAACAAAUUGAAUUAAAAUUUAAUGAUAUUAAACGAAAAUUAUUAGAAAAACAAGAACGACGUAAUGAUAUUGAAAUAAAAUUAAAUCAAUUUGAAAUAUGGUUAAAUGAACGAAUUAUUUAUUAUAAUCAAACAUAUGGAAAACAAUUAAUAUCUGCUGAUUAUAAUAAAUUAAAAAUACAAAAAGAUGAUUAUGAACGAUUUUUAACACAAUUAAUUGAUAAAGAAACAUUAACCUAUGAAUUAAGUCAAUAUUUUAAUGAUGAAAGUGAACAAAAUGAAAAAUAUUAUUUAUUAAUAAAACAAUAUAAAACAUUAUUAAAAAAUUGUGAAGGAAUACACAAUAAAACACGUAUUUGUUUUGAUUUAGCUGAAAAUAUUAAAUUAUCUACAACAACAAUUUUAACAUGGAUCGAUUCUCAAGAACAAAAAAAUAAUGAUGACACAAAACGACUUAAUAAAGAACAAUUAUUAGAAAAGAUUAAGGAAGAUCAAGUAUGUUUAAUUGUUUUUUUAAAUCAAAUUCUUCUUGGUGAAAUUGAAAAACGUCAUCAUGAUGAACGAACGAUCGAAGGUGAUCUGAAAGAAUUAAUAUUGAUGUCAAAUGUUGAUCAUGAUAUUGUUCAAAAUAUUGUUCAAUCAUUAUUAUUACGUUUACAAACAUUUUAUAAUAAAGUUGUUCAACAUCGACAAAUAAAUGAAUUAUUAUUAACAAAAUUGAAUGAAUUCAAUGAUCAACAUGAACUUUUAUCUAAUCGUAUACGAGAUAAUGAUAAUGGUAAUGAUGAAACAUUAACAUCACAUAUUAAAAUGUACAAUAAUUUAGGUGAUGAAUUAAAAAUAUUAUUUCCUGAUGUUAAUGAUCAACAAUUGAUAAAUGAUUUAACAAAAAAUUUGACAUCAAAUUUUAUUCAACAAGAAAAAAAUAAUUUAUUAAAAAUUCAAACAUCAACUGUUAGAAAACGUUUAGAUGAAAUUGAAUCAAAAAUUCAGAUGAAUAAUCAACCACAAACAUUAGAAGAAUUACAAACAGAAAUUGAAAAUAUAAAACAAGAGAUACAAAUAAAACGUUCAGAAGAUUUAAUAGAAACAAUAAAUGAUGAACAAAUAAAAAUUGAUAUAUUAACACCAGAACUUAUUAAAUCAAUUGUAAAUAAAAUUCAUUCAUUACAAAUUGAUACAAAAGAAAAAAUUUCAUCUUAUGAAAAAGAAAAAGAAAUUUUAGAAAAAAAACAUGAAAAAACAAUGAAUAAUAUGAAACAAUUAGAAAUAUUAGUAGAACAAAUAAAACAAAUUGAAAAUGAAAAUGAAUUUGAUAAAAUUUUUAAUGAACAAAUUCAACCAUUGAAACAUCAAAUAUUAUUAGGUGAGAAAAAUAAAAUUGUUUUAUACAUACAUUUGAAUAAUUGA